AUGCUAAUUGACCUUUUGAAUUUUCGCAGGCGGACAUUGCUUGGACUUAUUCUCGGGCCUCGAGUACCAGUUACUUCCAAUACUGUCAUUUUCCAUCGAUGGUAUGCCUAUAGAGAUGAACGAACAAGUAGCUCGAGUUCAGAUAGCGGAGUGGCUAGUCUGCAGUUCAGUCCUCCACAUCUACUUGCAGUAGAUAGCGGAGUGGCUAGUCUGCAGUUCAGUCCUCCACAUCUACUUGCAGUAGGUGCAUCCAGAGGAUCAACUGUGGUGGCAUUAUCGCCUCCUGGUUUAUCGCCCCUUCAUGUACAGGAUUCCGCAUUUUCUACCCCAACAGCUUCAAGCAGCAGCACAAAUACCAACCGAUUUACCUUUGACCACAUACCGUACCGCAAGAAUUCUGACCAGAAUCAAAGUGGAUCUUCAGAAGUUACAAGCGCUUUUGACCUACCAUCCUCGUCCAAAAAAGAUCCAGAAAGGUUGAAGGAUGUGUUGAAGACCGUUCGGCAACAGGACGAUGAAAAGAGUCACCCAGCUUUGCAACGUAAAGAAUCUGUGAUACAAUCGACUAGGAAACCUGAAAACCUUGUUGGACGGACCGAGUCUCUGCCGAUUCCACAGAAAUUCUCCCAUCAGCUCAGCGUAUCUGUCCCGAGCACUCCAUUGGAUAAAGUCUACGCCGGCCCAAUAAAUGUAUGA